AUGCCGGUCGACUUGAAGAAAAGAAAAGUUGAAGAACUUGCUAGGAGUGUGGGGAAAAGCUCUAAGGUCUUUUCUCCAUUCAGAAUCAUCGGUAAUGUUAGUAACGGUAUUCCAUUUGCUACUGGUACGUUAGGUUCUACCUUUUACAUUGUAACAAGUGUAGGGAAGGCAUUCCAAAUAUACGAUGCAAAUAGUUUGCAUUUGCUAUUUGUUUCAGAGAAGGAGACCUCAUCCUCAAUUGUAGCACUAAGUACACAUUUCCACUAUGUCUACGCAGCAUAUGAAAACAAGGUUGGUAUUUACAAAAGAGGUAUCGAGGAACAUUUGAUUGAGCUAGACACCAGUGCGCAUGUACAGCAGCUAUGUGUUUUUGGCGAUUACCUUUGUGUUUCCACUGACGAUAAUUCCAUUUUUAUUUACAAGAAAUCUGAUCCGCAAGAUAAAUAUCCGUCGAAAUUUUACACCAAACUUACAAUCACAAAUAUUCAGGGCGGUGAGAUUGUUUCUUUGCAACAUUUGGCGACGUAUUUGAACAAAUUGGUUGUGGUUACCAAAUCCAAUAUUUUGCUUUUUAACAUCAGAACUGGGAAACUUGUUUACACAUCCAACGAAUUUCCUGACCAAAUCACUACUUCUGAACCAGCACCAGUUUUAGAUAUUAUUGCAUUGGGAACAGUGACUGGGGAAGUCAUCAUGUUUAACAUGAGAAAAGGUAAGAAGGUUCGUACAAUCAAAAUUCCGCAGUCAAGAAUUUCAUCAUUAAGUUUUAGAACUGACGGAUCUUCUCACCUAAGUGUAGGAACGAGUAAUGGUGAUCUGAUUUUCUAUGAUUUGGACCGUCGUUCAAGAAUCCAUGUUUUGAAAAACGUCCAUAGAGAAUCAUACGGUGGUGUCACUAAGGCCACCUUUUUAAAUGGGCAACCAAUCAUCGUCACUUCAGGUGGUGACAAUUCCUUAAAGGAAUACGUUUUUGAUCCAUCACUUUCUCAAGGAAAUGGUGACGUAGUUGUUCAACCACCAAGACAUCUGCGUUCCAGAGGUGGUCAUUCUCAACCACCUUCGUGUAUUGCAUUUGCUGAUUCCCAGUCACAUUUCAUGCUAUCCGCCUCUAAAGAUAAAUCACUUUGGGGAUUUUCUCUGCGUAAGGAUGCGCAAUCGCAAGAAAUGUCACAAAGGUUACACAAGAAACAAGACGGUGGCAGAAUCGGUGGUAGUACAAUUAAAUCCAAAUUUCCUGAAAUUAUAGCGCUUGCUAUUGAAAAUGCCAGAAUGGGCGAAUGGGAGAACGUUAUUACUGCGCAUAAAGACGAAAAAUUUGCAAGAACUUGGGAUAUGCGAAAUAAAAGAGUCGGUAGAUGGACUUUCAACACUGCUGAUGACGGAUUUGUUAAAUCUGUAGCUAUCUCUCAAUGUGGCAACUUUGGGUUUGUUGGUUCUUCUAAUGGUGCCAUUACCAUUUAUAAUAUGCAAAGUGGUAUACUUCGUAAAAAAUAUAAAUUGCAUAAAAGAGCAGUUACGGGGAUAUCCUUAGACGGUAUGAACCGUAAGAUGGUAUCGUGCGGGCUAGACGGUAUUGUUGGGUUUUAUGACUUCAACAAAUCAACUUUGUUAGGCAAGUUACAACUGGAUGCUCCUAUCACCUCAAUGGUUUACCAUCGUUCUUCCGAUCUGUUUGCGUUAGCCUUAGACGAUUUAUCGAUUGUGGUUAUUGAUGCUGUGACUCAAAGGGUUGUUCGUCAACUAUGGGGUCACAGUAACAGAAUCACCGCAUUCGACUUUUCCCCUGAAGGUCGCUGGAUUGUGUCCGCUUCUUUAGAUUCCACCAUCAGAACAUGGGACCUUCCAACCGGAGGAUGUAUCGAUGGUAUCAUAGUAGACAAUGUUGCCACUAAUAUAAAGUUUUCUCCUAAUGGUGAUUUACUUGCCACGACACAUGUUACAGGCAACGGUAUAUGUAUCUGGACCAACAGAGCGCAGUUCAAGGCUGUCUCAACAAGAACUAUCGACGAGGCUGAAUUCGCGAGGAUGGCACUACCCAAUGCGUCCGUGAAAGGGAACGAUUCCAUGUUGUCUGGAGCUUUGGGAGGCGAUGAUGCGGAUGAGCAAAAUGACAUUGAUUUCAAUACCUAUACCUCACUAGCACAAGUUGAUAAGGAUUUGUUGACAUUAUCUAUAGGACCAAGAAGUAAGAUGAACACAUUGCUUCAUUUAGAUGUCAUCAGACAACGUUCCAAGCCAAAAGAAGCUCCAAAGAAGUCGGAAAAGCUUCCAUUUUUCUUACAGUUAUCUGGUGAAAGAGUUGGUGAUGAUGCGUCUGCCAGAGAAGGUAUAGCACAUGAAACACCUGAAGAAAUUCAUCGUAGAGAUGAAGAGACACAAAAGAAAAUUGAUGCAGAAGAACAAAUAAGCAAAUUCAAAGCCACAGGAAGAUUAGGAUUUGAGUCCCAUUUCACGAAGCAAUUAAGAGAAGGUUCGGAAUCAAAGGACUAUUCAUCAUUAUUAGCCACACUAAUAGACCUCUCACCCGCUGCAGUGGAUUUGGAGAUUAGAUCAUUAAACUCUUUUGAUCCCUUUGACGAAAUUGUAUGGUUUAUUGAUGCUUUGACACAAGGCUUGAAGAGCAACAUGAAUUUUGAACUUUAUGAAACCUUUAUGAGUUUGUUGUUCAAGGCACAUGGUGACGUUAUUCAUGCUAAUAACAAGAACAAAGAUAUUGCUGGUGCUCUUAAAAACUGGGAGAAUGUGCAUAAAGAAGAAGACAGAUUGGACGAUCUUGUCAAGUUCUGUAUGGGGGUAGUGAGUUUUGUGACAACCACGUAA